GCAGCGCUGCGGUGGCCGCCCCGGCAGCGGCCCGCGCUCCGGCUGCGCAGCAGCGGCGAGGCGCUGCCUCACGGCACCGUGGCUGCGGGGAUGUGCCGGGGCGCACGGCCGAGCGGCGGCAGCUGGCGCGGCGCGGCGCGGGGCGGGUCGUGGGGUGCGCGGCCGCCAGGCCGUCAUCUGCGGAGCGACUGCAGUUGCUGUGACUUGCAACUAUGACAGGCGCCUUAUACCCGCGCUUGGGAGGGUCGAGUAUUGCUAACGUUAAGCCUUGCUUUUUGUCUUUUCGCCCCCGCAGGAAAACUGAAGGAUCGCACCAAAGUGGCAGCUCCUGCACUGCCCGUGUCUGGGGCAAACCGUUCCAGGAUUGGAUUUCUGAUCAGGUCUGGGAGCGUUCUCUAAGUUUAUCGUAGGAGCCUCUGUGAAGCUGGUUUUUUGAAGUAAUGCCAAUAGAAAGUGGAAGUUGUGCAUCUGCUCGCCAAGCAAAGCAGAAACGUAAAUCACACAGCCUUUCAAUCCGAAGAACCAACAGUUCCGAGCAGGAACGAGCAGGACUGCAGAGAGACAUGUUGGAAGGACAGGAUUCUAAACUACCAUCUUCUGUCCGGAAUACACUCCUUGAACUUUUUGGACAAAUAGAGCGAGAGUUUGAAAACCUGUACAUUGAAAACUUGGAAUUACGUAGAGAGAUUGAUACACUGAAUGAGCGUUUAGCAGGCGAAGGACAGACAAUUGAUGGAGCUGAACUGAGCAAAGGACAACUGAAAACAAAAGCCAGUCAUAGUACCAGUCAGCUUUCUCAGAAAUUAAAGACAACUUACAAGGCAUCUACUAGCAAGAUUGUUUCCAGUUUUAAAACUACAACAUCAAGGGCAAUCUGUCAACUGGUAAAGGAAUAUGUUGGCCACAGGGAUGGUAUUUGGGAUGUCAGUGUCGCGAAAACUCAACCAGUGGUGUUGGGAACUGCAUCUGCUGAUCACACUGCUUUGCUGUGGAGCAUAGAAACAGGGAAGUGCCUUGUCAAGUAUGUAGGGCAUGUUGGAUCAGUGAAUUCCAUAAAGUUUCAUCCAACUGAACAAGUGGCUCUUACAGCAUCUGGAGACCAGACAGCUCACAUCUGGAGAUACAUAGUACAGUUGCCUACACCUCAGCCAACUGCAGACUGCAAUGUAAGCAGUCAUCUUACUGCAACUAAACAAAUGUCUGGAGAAGAUGAAGUUGAGUUCUCAGAUAAAGAUGAACCUGAAGGAGAUGGAGAUGGUUCUAGUGAUUGUCCCACUGUCAGAGCCCCACUGACUUCACUCAAAAGCCAUCAAGGAGUGGUCAUAGCAGCUGACUGGCUUGUUGGGGGGAAACAAGCUGUGACAGCAUCGUGGGAUAGGACAGCAAAUCUGUAUGAUGUGGAGACUUCUGAACUUGUCCAUUCUCUUACAGGGCAUGACCAAGAGCUAACACAUUGUUGUACACAUCCCACCCAACGUCUUGUGGUGACAUCGUCACGUGAUACAACCUUCCGUCUCUGGGAUUUUCGAGAUCCUUCUAUCCAUUCUGUGAAUGUCUUUCAGGGCCACACAGACACUGUGACAUCUGCAGUUUUCACAGUGGGAGACAAUGUUGUUUCUGGAAGUGAUGACCGUACUGUAAAAGUUUGGGAUUUGAAAAACAUGAGAUCUCCUAUUGCAACGAUCCGUACAGAUUCUGCAGUCAACAGGAUCAACGUCUGUGUUGGUCAAAGGAUCAUCGCCCUUCCUCACGACAACCGGCAGGUUCGCUUGUUCGACAUGUCAGGGGUGCGGCUGGCGCGCCUGCCUCGCAGCAACAGACAGGGCCACAGAAGAAUGGUGUGCUGCUCAGCGUGGAGUGAGGACCAUCCAAUAUGUAACCUCUUCACCUGUGGCUUUGAUCGUCAGGCCAUUGGUUGGAACAUCAACAUCCCUGCUUUGUUACAAGAAAAAUGAAAUGCUGGAAGAAUUUUUGCAGUUUAUGUUGCCAUGGACUUCUACAGUUUUGCAGACUUUUUUGAACACUGGUCUGCCAUCGCUGUAAAACCUCUUCCUUAAGUGGAGACUUUAGCAAAUGUUGUUCUUGUUACCACAGUGUGCACAGUUUGCAUGAAUUGUACAGAGAACGUGAGUUGUUUUCUUUUUUAAAUUAGUUUGUCUUGUGUAUGAACUUUUAUACUUUGGCAUCCACUGGUCAAUAUGUUCACUGUUGCAUAGAGCACAGAAAUGUCCAUAAGUUAUUUAGCAUUUAACAGAUACACAGUAGGGCAUUACAUUUGUGACAUAAAUGUGAAACUUAUGUAAUUAAUGUAGAGAGUAUAUAGAGGUCUGUUAUGUUUUUCCAUUAUUUUACAUAUCUGCCUUGUGUUGAAGAGAAUCUGCAGGGCCGAAACUUUGAAACAAAGUGUGAAUUUCACUAGUUGUAUGAUUGUACACAUUUUCCUGUUUGCAUCUGAUUUGGAAUACUUUUUCUAGUUCUGCAGUAUAGUGCAACUUCAACUCCAUUUUUAUUCCAGUUAUUGAAGAAGUAGUAGAUUUGAGAAGAAAAAUGCAGGCAACUUGUAGUGAGUAUAAACUGCCAGGUUUGGAAUGCUUUUUGUACUUGUCUUUUGAAAAAGAAAAAUAUUCAUUCUGCCCUUCCUAUAUCAAGUGAUUCUAAAAUCUCAUGGCAUUUCAUACUAGUAAAAAAUUCAGAACAUUAUGAUUCAAAUAACUGAAAUCUGGUCAAGCAAAUUUUGAAGCACUUUAGUUUAUAGCUAUUGUUAUAAACCAUUUAUGAAAGUUUGACUUUACCAGUGAAUGUGAGCUGACCUUUGUAAGAAGGAUUGCUUCUUUUUGGUCAUCUGCCCAGAAAGGAACUAGUUUUUUUGGGGUUGUUUUUUUGUUUUGUUUUGAUUUUUUAAAAUAUACCUACGGUGAACAUAGUUGGAGUUGUGUUCACUUCCCCUGUUUUUAUUUUGAGCCAGCAAUACAAAGUAAAUGAGUACUACCUCACGAAUGAAUGUUGGUCAAGAUGUGUUGAAUCUCUCUGUAGCCUAGAAAAAAAGCACUUUUGGUCUCUGGCUCAAGUACUCUCUCUAACAUGAGAAGAAAGACAAUCAUAACUAAAUGUGAUCCUUAAGAUAGUUAACGAUUAAAGCUAAUGGAACAACACCAUAAGUCUUUGAGAGAACAAAAAGGCUGCUUCAGACAGACACUUUAUUUUAGCUAAUGGGAGAGAGAGUCCAACUGUCUGACAUAUCACCAUACAAGAUGAAAGGUGAAGGAAAGCCAAGAGUACUCCCUUACUAUGUGAAUCUUGGCCUUUAUGGUGGUAUUAGGAACUUCUUUAUCUCACUAUCAUGAUUUUGUGAAACUAUAGCUGUGCUCAUGUCCUCUACAGCACUGUUUAUGAUGACAUUAGACAGACGUGUCAACUGUUAACAAACAAAUGAUGGCAUUGGAGUGCAAUGGGAUGGGGUGAUGAACACAUCAUUGAGCAAUUAUAGUGAAACUGGAGACCUAGAUAUGGAGCAUAGUGUUAAGGAAGCUCAAGGUAUUCAAUGGAGAAUGUAUGUAGUAUAUUUAUAGUACAGGUCAUCGUAGUGGCUUGAUACCUUAAUUUUUCUUUUGGUUUUGUUUUUUCCCCUCUUUUUUUAUUUUGAGAUAACAGGACACAUACAGAGUUGUACUGAGGUAAUUCUAAAGUACCAAAACCAAUAUUAAAAUACUAAGGGAGGCUGGAGAGAGCAGCUGCUAAAUUUUAAGUCUUCUGAUAACAAAGGUUGAAGGAUGGUGUCAAAGUUUAUUUUCACUACCUUAUUUUUCCCCCUGCAUUUCUAACUCUUGAGGAAAGCCAUUUGAUGUUGGGUUGCAGAUUUUAUUCUUUGAGUUAAAAAGAGGCUCACCUUUUCUUUUAGUUCAGAGCAGAGAGAACUUUACACAUGACGCUGUUUAAAAGAGAGAAAAAUUGUCUCUCCAGCACAGCCUGCAUGUAGGAUCUUGAGCGAUGACUGUUUCUUUGUUACCUGAGAUGGGUGAGAGGGUCACUGGUUUUGGUCCUGCUAAACUAAAUUGUCUGUGUAAGCUUCUCCAAUACAUAAGUAAUACAGGGCCACGAGACUCUGCAGUUUAAUCAUCACUGCUGCAAACUUUUUAUAUCACCAGAGGGACCAUCCUCUGGCACCAGUAAUGGGGUGUCUACACGCUUUCACUUUAAAAAAAAAUCAACCAAACAAGGUGCUAGAGCCACGUUCUUAUGAGCAGGCUGCUAUUUGAAUCAGUGAAACACUUAGCUAUCAGCUUAAUUUUCUAUGCUGUACUGAAGGUGAAACUGAGGCUGCUAUUCCCCUUGAAGCAAAUCACACUGCAUUGACAGUGGUGAAUAACACUGCAUUGACAGAAUAUGUGGGAAACAUUUCAUGGCCUUCAGUGUUCUACAGAGUGCUUUUCAGCACUGAACAAUGUCCAGCAUUUCAUAAAAUGGAAGCAAGUUGAAGUUACAGUUUCAGUAUUUGAAAUUUCAGUGGAAUUUCACAGGAACUCAUCACUGGUCAAAAUCAAGCUUUUAUGUCUUGAGCAAUGCACAUGGGUUUUCACAAAGUUUGUAUAACCUUUACAGUCAGAAAGAUCUGGAGUGAAGCAUCUGAUUUGUUGCCUAAAUCUGUGAAAACUACCUUUUUGGAAAAAGAAUUUAUAAGUUAUGUGGAACCACUUCUUAUUAUUCUGCUGAUUUGUUUUUAGAUGUAAAAUGGUUUUCUUCAUUAUGAUUCAAAAUGCAUUAAAAAAUUCAACUUUUUUUUUUUUUUUGCAAGUUGCUGUUGGUGUUGCCUUAAGGUCACUGUUAACCAUAAUACUUCACUUUGUUAGUAGCCAAAGGAUCUUCUUCCCCACUUUCCACUCUUUUC